AAAAUCAUCUCAUUCCACAUAAAACUCCACAAACGCAGUCGCUAUCACAGAUCACUUCCCACUCAGUUCUACGCCAAUAAAACCAUUCCUCCCCGCCCAGGCCAGGUCCUCCUCCUUCCUUCAAGGCUUCAACCCCCAAGGCCCCAGCCCUUCCUCGGAUCACACACAUAUACUCUUUCCCGAUAUAAACUCCCCCAAACCCCGCUUCGGUCAUUCACACCACCCUUCUCUGGCUCUCUGCCCUGGCCAGGCCGCACUGUGCUCCGCGCGCGUCUUGCACAUUCCUGCCGCUCCCCACCCAUGGCGAAGCGCCUCUUCCAUUCCUGCCGCUCACCUUCGGCCGCCGCCGUGGUCACCCCCACGACCACAACGCACGCCCACCUCGGCAAGCGCCACCAGCCACCGCCCCCCACGGGCGCGUGCUGUCCGCGCGGCCUCCCUCGCAGCAGGCGCCCGUCCCUGCCGCCGGAAACCUGCGGCGCCAGAGGAUGCGCCGCGGACUACGCCGCCGACGACCUCCCCCCCGCCCGCGGCUCCCCCGCCUACCGCUGGCUCAAGAGCUCCCACUGGCACGUCAUCGAGGCCGCCGCGGCCGCCGCCACCGACGGCGACGAAGACACGCCCUCGCCCCGCCUCAAGAUCGACGCGCGGCGCCGGUUGCGCCGCUCUCGCCGAGAACGCCGCCGCCGGCGGCUCCACCGCAAGACGACGGCCCUGGCGAGCCUCAGCCUGAGCCUGUCUUCCGGCGACAGCGGCUGGUUCAGCAGCAGCGACGAAGAUGACGAGGAUGAGCCGGCCUCGUACAGCCGCCGCAUGGUCUCGACCGCGACGGAGACUACUACUUCGUCUGGCGCGAGCGGGAGCUCUGCCGGCGCCGUGUUGGCGGCCGCGGAUGAGCAGCGUGCGGUGGGGGUGGUGGCCGGGAGCUUCGCGGUGGUGAAGCGCUCGGACGACCCGCGGGCCGACUUCAGGCGGUCCAUGGCGGACAUGGUCGUGGGCCGCCGCAUCUACGACGCCGACGGCCUCGAGCGCCUGCUGCGAUGUUUCCUCGCGCUCAACGACGAGCGACACCGCCGCGACAUCGUCGGCGCCUUCGGCGACGUCUGGGAGGCCGUCUUCUCCGACCCCCACGCCACUGCCACCUUCUCCCAGCCCGCAAGCUAGAUGCUGCAAGUCUGCAGUGCAGACAUGUCCCGUCGUGAGAAGAAGUGUACAACACGCAUGUGUUUCAGUGUGAUAAAUGCACUUCUUUAAGCUGUAAAUACCGUGAUUAUAUGUACAUGUAGACGUUUGUAAAAUACGUUUCUUCUUUGGGUUCGCGGCCAUGGGCUCCUUUCGGUUUCUUGCGUGCUACUACUCCUUCGCAGCAUGGAAAUGGGGUGCGACUCCGAUGUGAUAGGAUCAUAGGACGGGUGGAUAAAGAGUGUUGCAGUACACCUCCACUAUUUCUUGGCGUUAUCUCUUUUUUUUCAAGUUUGUAAGAAUAUCAAUUUUAUGUCCUGCC